AUGUCAGAUAAAUAUACAAGCAUACCCAUACACCGACCACGUGUUCGUACAACGAAAACUUUUCUGCUAGUUUGGUUGCACAAUAGCACUGACACGGUCAACAAUAACGAUUAUCAGAAUAUUAUUAUAGAAUUACAGCAAGCAGUUAGUGGAGUUCAUAGAUUUACUGACGCUGAUGAAAUGGUUGAUUUUAUAACUGAUGUUGCAGAAGAGCCAAUAGUCCUGAUUUUAUCCGAAGUAUUCGUUCAAACAAUGAUUUCAGUUGCUCAUGAAAUACCUCAAGUUGAAUGUGUCUAUAUUCUCAAUGAAAACAACGUACAGUGUGAACAAUGGUCAAAUAAAUGGCGAAAAAUGAAAGGCAUUUAUAGUGAUAUUAAAUCUAUUGGUGAAGCACUCAUAGAGACUUCAAAAAUUUAUAAUCAAGAUGCGAUAUCUAUCAGCUUCAUAUGUGCAUGUGAGGAAGCUUCAGACAAAAAUCUAAAUCAACUCGAAUCGUCAUUUAUGUAUACUAAAAUAAUCACAGAGAUCUUGUUUACUAUCGAUUUUGAUAGACAACACAUUGAAGAAUUUUUUGCAUACUGUGAUGGCAUCAGCACCGUUCGACCGAGAGAUAUUGAAAUGUUGAGGAACGAAUAUCAUCUCCACUCGCCUAUCUGGUGGUAUACACAUCCUUGUGGUCUCCAUAAUUUACUUAAUUAUGCAAUACGUGUCAUGGAUGCCGAGGUUAUGAUAAGAAUCGGCUUCUUCAUGCGAGAUCUUCACCAAAAUAUUACUCAUCUUCAUUCACAACAAUAUCCGAAUUAUAAUCGCUCGUCUUCAUUCGUUGUAUAUCGUGGACAAGGUUUAGCGCGUGCUGAUUUCGAAAAAUUGAUCAAAUCAAAAGGUGGAUUAUUAUCAUUUAAUAGUUUUUUGUCUACUAGAGACUAUAUCAAUGCAAUAGAAUUCUAUGAAAAAUCAAUCGAGAUCAAUCGAAAACUUCUUCCUCGAACUCAUCUCGAUUUAGCUGCUUCUUAUAGAAAUUUAGGUAUUGUAUAUGACAAAAUGGCUAAACAUUCGAUAAAUCAUCCAUUGAAAGAAAAACCAAUUGAAACCAUUAUUGCGUUCAAUGAUCUUCCAUUUUCUACUUCCGAUUCCGAUAGCAACAACGAUCUAAUUAGUGACAGUAUGGAUGAUUACUCAAAGGCAGUCUUGUCAUUCGAAAAUGCACUUAUAGUCUUACAACAAACUUUUCCACCAGAUGAUCUAAUUCUAGUGACAUUCUAUGAACUCUAUGGAACUGUCUAUGAGAAAUUAGGUGACUAUCACAAAGCUCUUUCACUUCACAAACGUGCUCUUGAAAUUAAACAAAAACAUCUUCCAUCAAAUCAUCCUUCUCUAGCAACUUCUUAUGCAAACCAUGGUACUGCAUAUGAACAAAUGGGUGAUAUACCAACAGCACGUUCAUUCUAUCGACGUGCUCUUGAUAUUGGACAACGCUCACUGCCUUCGAAUCAUCCAGACCUUCGUAGAUUUAGAGAAAUGGUUGGAAAUGAUUAA